AUGGACGAAGACCUCAUCGCCUUUGGCAUCGUGAUGCUGCUCUUCCUUUCUUUUCCCUUUCUUACCGUCCUCAGCAUCACCGGUUGCAUCGCAUACUCGCGCACAAAGGCCUGGGACAAAGCCCGCAACCAACGCGCCGUCAGCCUCGAGUCUUCGGAAACCAAUCGCCUCGUCGAAGAUGGCGACAACAACGAUGACUCGGACUUUUACGACACCGAGGACGAGGACGAGCACAAGCAGCGCCAAGCUGAAGACGAGGCUGACAAGCACGUCACUUUUGGCCAAAAGUUCCGCAAGGAGUUCAGGAAGGUCUGGACAGGCAAAGGAAAGAACGAUAUCUUGAAGCAGAAGGAGAGGGAGGAGAGGAGGAAGUUGGCCAAGGCGGUGGCGAGGGAGUUGGAUCGCCGCGAGAGGCGGAUGGCCAGAAGGGCUGCCACCAAGGUGCAGUCCUCUGACGAUCUGCCAGCUUACACCAAAGCCUAG